CAAAACUCGGUUUUGCACUAAUAAAAGCAGAGAAGCUCGAUCCUCGCGCCCCUCAAAUCAAAUCGAUCCCCUCCCGGCUCCUCGCGCCGUUCGACUGGUCGCCGCCCUCGUCCCCUUCCGCCACCGCCCUCGUCCCUCUCCGGCCUCGAGGGCCGGCGCCGCUCCGAUCGAGAUCCCUCCCUCGACGGCCGGCGCCGCCCCGAGCUCCCUCCUUCAACAACAACCUCCGCCGCAGCUCGCUCCGGCCUCCAGGUCCGCGGCUGCACCUUCCGGAGCUCCCCUGCCUCGAUGUCGUCGCCGCCCGAGAUCUCUCUCCCUCCCUCACAAUGACCCGUAGAAGCAGAUGACCAAAAAGCUGAGACGCCAAACAGGGCCAUCUUCUCUUCUCCAGGAAGCAGCUUCCUGGGCCAGCGCCCAAGCUUCUCCACGAAGCGUUUUUGGAAAAGCUGCAGCUCCCCUCGUCUCCUCUCGCACUCGCAGGGUGGGGUGAGUCUGAUCUACCGGCGGCCAGUUAUGGUUUGGCCGCGAGCGAAAAUGGCGAGCUGCUCUGCUCCGGCCUACUUCCCGCCGGAGCUGAUCCCCGAGGUCGCGAGGUGGCUUACGAGCCUCCAGGAUUUCUUCGCCCUGCGCGCCAGCUGCCGCGCAUACCGCGCCGCCCUCCCGCUGACGCCGUCCAACCUAGCCUCCCAGGCGCCGCUCCUCCUCGUCUACCCCGAUCGGGACCAGGCCACCGAAUCGUCCGCCCUGUACCACCUCCCCCUGCGCCGCCUCCUCCGCUUCCGCCUCCCUCGUGCGCGCCAAGACAGCAGCAGCAGCUUCUUCUCCCUCGGCUGCCGCGUGGUCAUCUGCGACUACAUGAGGGAUCUCAACCGUCGCGAGCUCCGCAUGGUCCACCUCCUUACUGGCGAGCAAACCCGCCUCCCCAGCCCCGCGGCCGCCUACCCCGCCUUCAUCCUCUCUGGCGACCUCAUUGUCAACUGGGGCUACUUUGGUGACACCAUUCAGUCCUACCGCCUUGGCGCCGCUGAUUGGAGCGUGGCGUCAAUCCGGGAACACUACAAGUACAAGUGCUCCUGCCAAUGUUUCAAAAAAAAUAACAAGUACAAGCUUGAUGGUAUGGUAUGUGUUAAUGGCACCAUCUACGUGCUGGUUUCAAAUUCCUUGUUGGACAGCCCAGUUUACCAUCUUGCUGUAGUCGAGCUAUCAGACGACAGGAACUCGGCAGGAUUGGUGGUCCUCGGCGAAUUACAUCCAGGGACUCUGGAGCUGCCUGUUGAUACAGAGUUGUACGUGUACCUUGCAGAGUGCCGCGGUGAGCUGAUACUCAUUGUCAUCAUGGAAGAUAAUCCGAGGGUGUACCGUGUUUUCGAGUGGAAGUCUGGGGAGGGUGAGUGGGUGAGGAUUACUAGCCUUGGUGGAUGCGCGCUGUUUUUUGCGUCCGAAUAUUUUGUGGGCUGCCUUGGACCUGAUCACCCAGGGAUUCGAAAGGACUGCAUAUACGUCAACGAGGAGGGCCUAUGGAGCGAGUAUUCUUCAGUGGAUGGAUCUUUUCGUCAAUCUGAUGCUGUCUACCCUGAAGGGAAAUUACAGGAGACUUUCACGGAAUCAUCAUCAGUUUGGGUAUUUCCGAGCAUGUGUUGAUGCUCUCCUGUGAGCAGAGAGAGGUGCAGUGAAGUUAUUGUCCAAAGGUGCAUGAUCUUAUCAGUGCUCUAUUAUGCCUUCAUCAGCUAGUUUGCUUACAAUCUUUUGCGACGGCAACCUGGACAGCAUGUUUAUGGUCUUCACCGUGAAUGUAGGCAUGUAGUAGAACCAAAAAGAAUGUUUAAAUUGAAUGUAUCGGCGAGUGACACCAUGAUACUUUAUCAUGGAAGCAGUUUAAACACCUAUUUAACUGAAUAACCUUGUGAAGCAGACCAAUUAUGUUGAGUUAUCACUUUGCUUUCUCUGUUGUGGCCCUGCACCCUGCGCGCUUACAAGUUGAUGAAUCAAUGAUGAGUAAGAUAGUGACAGAUUUCAUUUAGAGACCCUAAGUCCCCAACCCUAAGUCCCAGCUGUGAUGUUGCUUGGUGGUGUAGUCGCCAGCGUUGUUGGUUAUUCCAAAUGGAUUUUUGCUUACAACCCGUGCUGUUCAUCAGCUGCUGCCAGAGGAACUGCCAUCUGCCAAUAGAUCCCACGGCCGCUGGAGUUUCAGCCCCACCAGCAAAUCCUGUAGGCAGCUAGCAGUGGUUCGAUCCUGUCAUUCAUUUGGGGGUUUCUGGUAAUAUCAUGAUAUGUUUGGUAUUGGAUUGAUCUAAACUACUGCAAAAACUCACCUUUAUCUUGGCGCCACAGAGCAUAUUGAGAAAGGCUCGACCACGUCUGGUUGCAAAACUUGGAGAUCAGUGAACCAUUCACUUCCUAGAUCAGUACAUUUUUCUUUUGCGUAUGAACUGAUGGUCAAUUACGUUAGAUGCCAUGUCCUCGUGGGGUGCUCGCAAUUCGUUGUUACCUUUUUCUUUUUGCAAUUUGCAGUAGUGAUGGGGAUAGACUUUUGAUUGCACUGCCGCUCUGUUCUGAUGAUAAUCAAAGCAUGUAUUUAACGAAGACGUAUAAUACAGUUCAACUAUUGUUGCACAAACGUCCCGCCCCUCACUGCAGACAGAUUCAUUGCAGGAGCAGGGCUGAUGCAGAUAUAAGUUGAUGAAGCAAAACACUUUUAACUUUUAUGGACCAAUACAUC